GAACAUUCGUACGAGUAUUCACCUGUAGUUGUGAUUUCUGAUGAAAAACAAACAAAGCUUCCCGGUCCCAGUAUAUUAAAAGCAGCGAAAAAUGGGAAAAAUAUUGCCAAGCAAAGAUCUUCGCCGACAGAUGUCAGUCCAAGUAAACAACCGUUAUUAGAUCCGAAACUUAGAAAUAAUGAUAGCGUUGCAAGCGAUUUAAAUGAAACUGUUACACAUUUACCAAUGACAAAAGUAACAGCAACUAUUAUUUUACCAAGUGGUACGACAGCCGCAAAUGUUAUAUCAGGAUCUUUGGGUGGUGGCAGAGAAAUAAUUUUAACAACCUUCGGUGAUCAAAACACUGCUACAAAAACAAAGCAACUUAGCGAUAACAAAAAAUUAGAUCAUCAAACUAUAGGAACAGAUGUAACAAUAUCUUUAAAUUCAACUGCAAAUACAGUUACCAAUGUUGUUGGAAAAAAUGCUUCCACUGGGAUCGGAUCUACUGGCUCAACUAUUUUACAAAAUAAUAUACCAACAACAACUAAAACAGUAGCUUCAAUAAAUAUUUCAAAUGUAAUUUCAAAAUCUAGCAUGCAUGAUAAAGAAAUUGCAACUACACAAAGCACAUCGAAAUUAUCGACACAAACAAAAACAACAACUUCUAUUAAAGAUAUUACAAUGUGUGCUUCACCGCAGACUGCAUCAACUAGCACGACUACUAGUAAUAAUAUUAAUAAACUACAAAAUAACAUAGAUUCUUUAAGUAAAUCGAGCAAAUUAAAUGAGAAACCAAUUAGUUUAAAAACUUUCCAACCAGCAGGAAUUAAGCAAACUUCAACGAAUAUUUCGACUAGUUCAGUUUCUGCAACAAGUUCGUUGGCCAAGCCAACCUUAGCAACGAGUUCUCAAAAAACCGCAGUUAGUUCAAAUAAGAAUUUGGAUAAAAAGACCACUAUCAAAGAUUCAAAAACAACAGAUUCAUCAUUAAAGAAAAUUAAUGAAAAUAUUAAACCUACUUCUAGUUCAAUUAGCACCACAAGUGUAACUACAACGACAGCGACAUCUAAAUUAAAUAAAACGAAUCAAUUGAAGACUGCAGUAUCUCCUUCUGUAGUAACAAAAGUUAGUCCAAGUUCAUCUAUAAAUAAUACAAAAGCUGACACAAAAGUAACCCUUACAACUGCCACAUCUACGAAAUCAAUAACUAGCGUAGCAAAACUAAAAACAUCAAAUUUAGAAAAUAAUACAUCAACUCCCAUUACUAAAACGAAUAUAGCAUCCAGUACAACAAUUACAUCAACUUCAUCUAACCCAUCUUCUUCAAAAUUAACCACAAAUAAAUUAGUUACCACACCAUCUAGCGGAAAAUCUGCAACACCAUUAAAAAGUAAUGUAGUAGUGACAAUUAGUAACAAUAAAGCAAACACUAAUACAUCAAUAAUUAAUAGUAAAACAAGUACGGAUAUCAUCACUACGAAAUCUAAUACAAUUUUAACACAAAAUAUAUCGACUUCUACAAGUUCUUCUACAUCAGGAAAACCAAUUACAACUGUAACGACAUCUCCAAUAGCUUCAAAUUCGCAACAAAAACAGCAAUCACCUAAAGGUGAUGUUGGGACAUCUAGUAUUAAAACCACAAAUUCCUUAUCUACUAAAAGUAAUGCAAAUACAACCACUUCUAUAACAAACACAAGUAACAAGUCCAAAUCGUCAACUACAGCGACAGAAACCAAAAGUUCAACAACUUUAUCUAAAACUAAAUCAAAUAAUGGUGUUACAAAGAAAUAAAAUAGGACUGCUUUAGUAUUAUUGAAAUUACUAAUUUAAGUUUUCGAAUGCUAAGUGUAAAGAUAACUAGAAUAUUAAAAAAACGCAUUUUAGGUCAAAAUAUGAAUAUGUGUAACAAACUACUAUGUAUUUCAUAACAAACAUUAGAUUAUUCGAUCAUAAUAGCAGUUAAAAAAAUCAAAAAACCAAUUGGAAUCCUAACGCAUCUUCAAAGAUAUAAGAAUUAAAUUGAAAUGUUUAGAAGCUUCAAUUAAAAAACGGUAAACUUUUAAGUAACUUUUUAUAAAGAUCUCCUUUGAUUUUCUAUUGUCGACUAAAUUAAUUUUUAUUCAAAGCAUUAUGAAUGCCAAAAUGAUAGUUAAUAGGUAAAAGGGGUAAUUGUGGAGUAAUCCAAAAAUAGUUAUCAUCAAUGGGCAGCUUGAGUCUAGAACAUAAUAUCGGUUCAUUGUCUUCCAUGGGUCAUUGCCUCCUCAUGACUUUCUCUAUCGAUCUUGUUCUCUUCGUUUAUCUCCAUUUACGUAAAUCUCCCUUGCCUCGAAUUUCUUCUUAAUUUUUCAAGAACUGUUUUUUUUAUUGUCACUUUUUCUUUUUAAAAGCGGUCGCUUUCAUUUCUAUACACAUACAUAAAUAUAAAUUGCACACUUUUUCAGUAUAUUAAACAUACAUGUAUACAUGUGCAUACAUGCGCUACACACGUUCGAUUUUUAAACGUUACGUAGCGUGGUCUUUCAAAUUUGAGCUCAGACGUAAAGCAUUCAAAAUUUUCUGCAAAUUGAGUAGAGUGUACUGCAUAAAACAAAAAAUACAAGAUCGUACAAAAAAAUUUACAAAAAAAGCACAAAUAUUUUACAAAAUCGGUGCUGCCACAAAUAUAGAGAGGUCGUAAUGAACGUAAAAGAAGAAUAAAGCUGACGUAAUAAAGUUGCUUAUAUUAUUUUUUAACGUAAAAGUAAAAGGAGAAAGGAAUCGCGAUGGUAAAUGACAUCAUACUAUCAUUUAAAUUUUUAAAUUAAGAACUACUCUAUAUAAUUAUAUAGAUUUCGUAAAAUUUAAACCAAAAUCGUAGGUCAUUUUAAAAGAUAAUUAUUUCCUUCUCAAUAAAAAUUUUAAAAGUAUAAUUGAAAUUAAAUUAAAUUAAUUUAAUUGCAUUUAUGUGAAAUUCUUAAGUUUUAACAUGAAAUAAUUAUUUAAAUUUUUGUUUCUAUAAAAUUGCAAUUAUUUUAAACAAAAAAAAAAUACAAACUAGAUAAUUUUCAAUAACACUAAAAGCAUAAGAGAACUUAAGUACCUUUUCACAUUUAAAUGAAGAUUAAAAAUGAGCUAUUGAGUACCUGAAAAAACAAAAAUAAUAAAUGAAAAGAGGAGACUUUUGACGCCUUGAUUGCGAUAAAGACAAAAUACUAUGGCAUAAUAUAAAAAUUUUGUACUUCACUCGGAAUUUUCUAAAUACCAACCACUUAUAAUUUAAUCAAAGUAAUUCAUUGUCUGAUAGCACUAUUAAUGUGUCUUUCUUAAGUAUAAAAACUGUUCAAUUAUUUGAGUAGCCACUACAACACAGUGCUUGACAAAAAAAAAAACUGUUCAAGGCAUUCUAAAACAAUUCAGAUUUUCAGAUUCAGUUUUAUUAACUUAACAAUUUCGAUAUAUCACAACUUUAAUGCAGAACUUAAAACCGCCCUAAAACUUUAAAUUCAAUAAACACAAAAAAUAUCCAAUUAUUUCUUGUACUGUCAAAUAGCAAAGGCUUUUGUUUUUGAAGUCUUUUUGCCAUAUUUAAUUAAAAUUGCAAUUCAAUAUAAUGUAAAGUCCCCUCUUUACAUUAUUGUGCGCAUACCAUUUUAUUUAUAAUUAACUUUCAGCAAUUAUUACAAUUAAAAUUUAAGUUAAAAUUCUUUUAGAAACUAAAAUAAAUGUAAUUCAUUUAUUCCAUAAAUGUAUACUUAAUGUAAUUAAGAAGUUAAAAUUAGCCAAAA